AUGUUGAUACCUCCAUUUGCUUUUUGGGGGCCAGUUACAAAAAAAAUAGUUAGAUAUUUUAACCCUGUAGGAGUACAAGACCCAGAGGUCAACAAGCUCGCUCGGUACAAAGCUACUCGUAGUGGCAGAAAGGGGUCCAAUGCCGCCAGGGACUUUCACAGGUAUGUUCAUCGGAGUGGCAAAGCGUUUCCAGUCGAAAUUUCAACCAGGAAAAUCAUCAUCCGCAAAAAGGUGACGGUAUCUGGUGGGAAGAAGCGGAAACGCGAAAAAGUAGCUGAUUACCCAAUCAUCCGUAUGUCCAGCUGGAUGAAAGCCAUUCUUGAGAGACACCCGGAUUUUAUGCUGGGAGGCCAUAGCCCUUUUGUGAAUGGUGGUGAGAACUACAAGAAAAUGUUUGAGGAGUUUUGGGACAACUACGAAUACCUGGGAGGAGACCACCCGGUAUUUCAUUUGAAAUCACGGGAGGAAAGGACACGGUGUAUACCACUAAUGCUGCAUGGUGAUGAGGGCCGUGGACUCGCAAAGGUUCCACUGCUGGUCAUUAGUUUCCAGCUGAUGAUUCCAUUUUCUGGCCCCAAUGACUUGAACUGUUCGAAGCACUCCUUUACAACGCGCUUGCUUUUCAGCCUCAUGCCAUCAGAUUGGUAUGCGAAGAAGGACGCGAGUGUGAAUGGGCUUCUGCAGGCUUUGGCGGAUGAUCUUACGGAAUUGUUCCACGAAGGUGUUACCAUUUCUGUUGACGGUGAACCUUGCACCUUUUAUGGCAUCUAUGUCGCUUGCAAGGGGGAUUGGCCAUGGGUCAGGAAAGCUUAUGGUUUGUCAACUGGCUUUGCUAGCCGCAGAAAGUGUCAUUACUGCCCUGGACAAGAUUCUAGUCUGGAAUGCAACAAUCUUUGGUUUGAGUUCUGA